AUACGCUCAAUGAAACUUUGACAUCAAUGGUCAAAGCAGGCAUUGUAAAUGUCAAGGAGAAGUAUAUUGUGGAUACAGAUUGAACAGUGAGCAAGUGUAUGGAAAGAAGGUCUGCAAAAACAUUAGUGUAUGUCAAGCUCAAGAUGCCGGCCAAGAUUUCUUUGCGCUUCCUCGGCACGUCGUCGCAGCCAAGUCGGACUCGCAAUUACUCUGCUCUUCUUCUUAAGCACGACCACUAUGCAGCUCUAAUAGACUGUGGUGAGGGGACGCAACGGCAAAUCCUUUCAAAGCACAUUGGAGGCGAGGAAAGAGUGUCGAGUUUGCGGACCAUCUUCAUCACGCAUCUGCACGUUGACCAUGUUUCUGGCAUCGUACCUCUGAUGAUGUCCAUCAUGGGCCCAAGCGGUGCGGCAGCCAUUGACCCAAACGAUCAACACCCGCGAUUGACUAUCUACGGUCCAUUAGGAUUACGCUCACUCAUUCGAGCCACGCUGAACCUCUGUUAUGCUGGCCUAAAUGGAAAGUAUGUGGUACACGAGCUCCGAUGGCCGCAACAGGCGCACAAGACCGAUGAUGUAGGAAGCAACUGGAGCGAUCCGGAUGGGGAACUUCUCGGAGCUAUCAACCCCAUUCGAACACUUCCAGAGCUUCCGCCCCAUGACUCAGAGCUGCCAGGGCAAGACAUUGUCAUGUCGGAAUCGACGUGCUCUUGGAGCAAUUUCACAGUCAUCGGAGAUCAAGGUCAAGUCAGUGUUUCGGCCGCUCCCAUUCUUCACCGAUGUCCAUGUCUUGGAUACGUCUUCAAGGAAAAGGACCGAUCGUCUCCGAUAUCGAGCGAGAUUUUGGACCGGCUCGAUGCAAACGGGCCGGCGCUGCUAGAACAGGGAGUCAAGCAUCCGCGCAGUUUGCUGGGCAAGUUAUUGGCGCUCAGAGAGUGUGUCGAGCUGCCUGAUGGGACCACCAUUGAUCCUCCUCCACUCGACAUUUUUGGGCGCAAAAUAUGUGUUUUGGGAGAUACCUUCGAUGCAACCGCAGGGUUUUUCGAGUCUGACAAGGGAAUUACACCACUUGCUAUGAACAGCAAUGUUCUGGUGCACGAGUGCACCAACGUAGCACUUCCUCCGAAGCUGCUUCAGACCUCGGGAGCGCCUCCAAAAAAGGUGCCUACGCGUGAAGAAGUACAGGCAAAGGCCAAGGAAAGAGGACAUUCUACACCUCAAGUAGCCGGCGCAUUUGCUGGGCGGAUAAAGGCAGGACAGCUUUUGCUCAAUCACUUUUCUGUACGGUACGAUUCGCCACCCGCCUGGAUACAAGGUCAAGAGCUUUCAGCGGUGGACUAUGAGCUAAGUUCUGCUCCCGAAAAGCCAGGCGGCGACGCCACUGUCAAUACUGGCGCUGAACAAUCAAUACCGUCCACUGGACCUGAAGUUCGGGCACCACCACCUUUCAGCUGGGUGGAACGCACAGCCCGCGUCAUGCAAAACAUCGAAGAUCAGGCGACAGAGGCGUGGAUCAGCAGCCUGAGGCAGUGGGGUGAUGGGACACCUGAUCUGGCACAUCAAGAGUCCCAAAAUUUACAGUUUCGCGCCAUUGCAACAUACGAUGGCUUUGUCUUCGAUGUGUUGACGAAGGAGGAGCGGGAGGAGAAGUCUACAAAAGCGCAAGUCGAACGUAUAAUUGAGCCCCAAUUGGAAUCAUCAUCCUUGGCCUCCGUUCGCGGAAAGCCUACUGGCGAAACCUACUCACAAAGCGCGAUGGCGGCUGCCAGUGGAGGCCCUAUCUGGAGACAAAGCCAAGGAAGCACCCAAGGCGGCAGGGGCAACGAGGGAUCAAGCAGAAGGGUUGACGGAUCGGGCAGCAGGCCUCGCGGACGAGGCCAUGAGAGCGGAAGUCAGACCGCAUGAUGGAUAAGCGUUCGAAAGUUCACGGAGAGCCUAGGGUUGAUUAGACUCCUUUCAGCGCUUCACCUUGUCUUUCAGGAAUAAGAUACAUAAUAAAUGUGCUAUACACGAAGCAGAUUCCCCUUUACAUGU